CUUACACUGGCUUCGUUCAAGCCUCCGCUCAGCGUGAGCUCUGGGCCGGGGGAGACCCCGCCGGAGAGCAGAGCGAGCAAGCUGGCUCUGCCUUUUGAGGUCUCCGCCUGGCCCCAGCAGUGGAGACCACCUCGGAGAAAGAAAUGGUCACCAGCCUCUUGACAUCCAGAGACACUACGGAAUCACUGACGUUGAGAGAUGUGGCGGUGGACUUCACCCGGGAGGAAUGGAGGAGCUUGCACCCCUCCCAGAAGGAGCUGUACCGGGACGUGAUGCUGGAGAACUACCGGAACCUGGUGUGCCUGGGGCUUGCGGUUUCCAAAGAAGACGUGAUCUCCCAGUUGGAACGAGGAGAACCCCCUUGGGGGCCUGAGGGAGACGCCCUGAGCGGCCCCUGUCCAGGAGAAGCCUGGAAAUGUGAUACCAAAUUAAGGAGGAAACAGAGGAGUGAAGAAAAACCGUAUGAAUGUAAUGAAUGUGGGAAAGCCUUUCGCCGGAGCGUUGACCUUACUCGACAUGAGAUUAUUCAUACUGAAGAGAAGCCUUAUGAAUGUAAUGAGUGUGGGAAGGCCUUUCAUCGGAGUACAGGACUCACUGAGCAUCAGAACACUCAUACUGGAGAGAAGCCAUAUGAAUGUAACGAAUGUGGGAAGGCAUUUCGCCGGAGUACAGAACUUAUCCGACAUCAGAGAAUCCACACAGGAGAGAAACCAUAUGAAUGUAAUGAAUGUGGGAAGGCCUUUCAUCGGAAGACAGGACUUACUGAACAUCAGAAUAUUCAUACUGGGGAGAAACCUUAUAAAUGUAAGGAAUGUGGGAAGGCCUUUCGCUGGAGGCCAGGUCUUACUCGUCAUCAGACAAUUCAUUCUGGAGAGAAACCUCAUAAAUGUAAUGAAUGUGGGAAGGCUUUCCAUAGUAAGUCAACACUUACUGAACAUCAAAAAAUCCAUACUGGAGAGAAACCUUAUGAAUGUAAUGAAUGUGGGAAGGCCUUUCGCUGGUGGACAGGACUUAUUCGGCAUCAGACAAUUCAUUAUCGAGAAAAGUCUUUUGAAUGUAAUGAUUGUGGGAAUGCAUCCCAGGAGCCUACAACUUAGUCAGCAUCAGAGAGUUUAUACUGAGGAGAAGCCUUAUAAAUGUAGUGAAUGUGGGACAAUCAGCUUCCUCAACAUCAAACAUUUCACACGGGGGAGAAACCUUCUGAAUGUGAAAAGGCCUCCUGCUAGACCCUCACAGCUUCCUCAACAUUAGACAAAUCAUGUGGGAGAGAAAUCAUGAAUGUAAUAAAUAUGAAAAGGCAUUCUGGCAGGAAAGUCCUAAUUUUAAAGCAGAGUUAAUCCUGGACAGAUAUUUGUAGAAUGUAAGGAACAUGGACCACAAAGAAACCUUAUGAAUAUAAUGAAUGUGGAAGUCCUUUUAUCCCAGGUCAAGAUUUACUGUAUAUAAGAAAAUUCAUUUUAGAAAGCUUGUUAUCUAUUCUCAGCUGGCCUUCACUGAAAUAAGGGAUCCCGUUAUUUUUCCUUCCCCAUAGAAACUCUUUCAAACUUUUUUCUCUCAAGCCUUCUAUAUAUCUUAGCCCUCAUACUCUCACCUGAGAAUCUCAUUUCUUAUUUUACUGAGAAAGUUGAGGCUAUUCAAUGUAGUCUCUUUAUCUCAAACAUCUUGACACUUCCUGCUUUUCUACAGUUUCUUCUCCUUGCAGUGGCAAGAAUGCCUUAAAUAUGCAAUUGAUUCAAUCCCUCUUGUCUUCAGCAGAAUGAAAAAGCAAUGAUUCCUCCAGUCCAUAUUCAAUCUAUUAUAGAUUUCUUCUUACUGUUUUCAAAGAUGCCUAAGUCUAUAAAAAACCUUCCUCAUCCAAAUUUAGAGGGAAAAACUAUAUUUACUCCCUCUACUUCCUUUCCUCUCAUUCAGCCCCGAACCCUUUGUUGUAUGAUGUCUGACCAUUUUAUUCAACUGAAACCAUUGCCUUCAUAGUUACCAGUGAUAUCUAAAUGGCUACAUCUAAUGGUCCUUUCUCUGAUUUCAUGCUUCUUGAUUUGUCUGCUGAAUUUGGUACUCUUAACCACCCUGUUCUCCUGCAUACAUUCCCCCUCUCUGGGAUUUCAUAGCAACUUUCUUAUUUUUCCUGUAUGACUACCUUUUGGUAUCCGUUCUCUUAGCCUCUCUCUAAGGCUUCUGGUCUCUCUCCAUCCUCUUGGUAACAUAAUGGGCCCCCAUGAGUUUAAUUGUCAUCUCUGUUCAGAUAAUCCACAGAACUCCAUCUCCUGCCCUGGAGCUCUAAGUUUGAAUCACCAAGUGGACAUUUCAUGAGACAUCACAGACUCAACCUGUCUAAAAGACAACUUAUUCUCUUUUUCCUCAAGACGAUCCCUCUUAAAUCUUUUCUCUGUUUCUGUCAUUCUUCUCAUCACAUAUUGUCAGAGGCAAGACUGAAACCUAGGUUUUCCCAACUCCCAGCCCAAUUACCCCAGUAAACUAUGCUGCCUCUCAUGAAUGUGUUUCUUAUAAAGGAUUCUAAUCAGCCGGGUUCAUGUUCUAGUUCUUCUACUUGUGACCUAGGGUCAUAGAUAGGCUUACAAAUGGAAAGGAUUCUCUCUGAGCUGAGUUUCCUCAUCUCUGAAAUAAAGGGAUUGGACUAGACCAGUGGUUCUCAAAUGUUUGCUCUCACUAUCUUUAUAAAGUAUCAUAUAUAUUGUAGUAUAAAGAUACUACUAAAAAUGAUUCUGAAUCUGUGCAAAGAGUUUUUAUGUAGUUAUAUUUAUAGAUAUUUACCAUAUUAGAAAUAAAAACAAAUGUUAAAUUUAUAGACCCUCUGAAGGGAUUUCAGAGACCCCCAGGACUCUCUGGUCCACACUUUGACAAUCACUGGACUGACUGAUCUCUAAGCUUCCAGUUUUAAAUCUUUUGAACAAGUUCAGAAUUCUAUCUGUCCCCAGAAGAUUUCUUUAUUAGUUAAGCCUUUCUUGCGUGCCUUCAUAUUUCCAUAUUUCCAGCUGUGUAACCUCAGUGUAUCUACAGUUCCUCACUUUUGUUUAUCCCACAUACCCAGUUGGUUGCCAAAUUUUGCCAUUUCCACCUCUGCAAUAACUGUCACUCUGAUCUUUCUUCCCACUGAUGACCUCAUUAGACACCAGCACCUCUCCUUUUAUUAUAGUGUCUCCAUGUUGGUCACCCUGGCUCAAGCGUCUUCCCACUCUAGCCUCUUACACCACAUUGUUCCCAAAAUGAUAUCUCAAGUACAGAUCUGAACAUAGAACUCUUGGGCCCCACUUGGCUUCCUGUUGCCUCUAGGAUAAAAGACAAAAUCCUCUGUUUAGCUUUUGAAGCCUUCAUAUUCAUUCCCCAAACUACCUUUUCAGACUCAUCAGAUAUUGUUCUCCCUCCCAUACUCUGCCAUCUAGACAAACUGUUCCUCACAUAUAAUACUCCAUCUCCUGUCUCUGUGCUUUUGUCCUGGGUAACCCGCAUGCCUGGAAUGCACUCGUUCCCCAGCUCUGCCUCAGAGAAUCCCACAAGAUUAGCUCAAGUCCCACUGACAUGAAAUCUUCCCUGAUUCCCCUCAUGACUAGUGCCCUCCUGCCUCAAAUGGGCUUGUAUUUAUAUCAUAUUUAUUGUCAUUUUUAUUCUUCAUAAAUUAUAUACUUACUGAAUGUCUUACUCAAUAACGUGUGAACUCCUUAAAAGCAGGAAUGGUCUCAUUCUUUGUCUUUGUAGUUCCACUGUCUAGAACAGUGCCUGGAAUGGGUUAGAUACUCAACUGCUUCAUUUUGAAGAAGGCCAGUGACGUCACAGGGGGAUCACUUAACUUGCAAGUGAAUUUGAUUUAGGUGAGGGAGACUUGCACAGUCGUCAGCCUCACCUUCCAGAAUCAUUGAAGGCCAGACAAAAGUCAAGAUGAAGGGGAUGUGGCGGAUGACCUUGGCGUCUUCAAUGCCUGACCAGUCUCUAAAUGCUCCACAGUGUCUGCUUCAGCCCUUUCGUGGCCACUGGAACAAAUUGUUCUUAUCCGUCCAUUCUGCAGAAUAACGUCUUGAAGUACCUAUCUCUUAACUUAUUGACGGGUUUGAGGCCCGUUCCUUAGCCUCAACCUGGCAUGGCCUGUCUGCUGAGAUGACUUGGCCAGGUAUGGCCACUGUGUGUGCUAUGGUUUCUUGGAGCCACAGGUGAGAGUUAAGUGACAAGUGGACACUGCAGGUGGAUGAGUAGCCCUGAAAAGGGCUCAGCAAGCCCUCCCAUCAGUUGCUGGUCCUCAUGAACAUCCCAUUCACCAUUUCUUGGCCUUUUGGCUAACAUCAUGUGUUGUAUCUAUUCUUAUCAGUUUAGUAUGGGAUGCACUAUCUAUCUGAGGGCAAUGUAAGACAUUCAAUAAAAGCUUGUUGAUUGAUAGAUUAUGGAUUUUUGAUUGAUUGAUGAAUUCACUU